GUGGUCGAGUUGUGGAAGUGGCCAUUGCCCAUGACCUGGAUCACCCUGAGGCCUACUGUAAUGAAGACGCCCUGUUCUUGGACCUGGAUCAGUGUCCAAAGAACGGCUACAACGAUCACGCCAACUUCAUCUCCGUCAGCGACAUGACGCUAGACAAGCUGCCUGUGGAGAUCCGCCGCCAGGAUGUCCUUAACUAUAUCAUGGCUCAGUGCAAGAUGACAGUUCGAGUUCUAGUCAACUGGACAAGCAAGAACAGACCAGAUGGUGACCCCUGCGCCAACUACCGGGACUCUCGCCGCACCAGGACCGCCUCGGGAACCUAUGUCUUAGACAAUGCUGAAAAUUUUGUGUCCAGGGAUUGUCCUAUCCCUAACUGUCAUCGAGCCAAAGAUCUGGGACCUCGGCACACCAUCUAUGAAGGGGAUCUGAAAAUUUUCACUAACAAACAUGUUUUGUAUGAUGAUGAUGAACUCGCUAGGACGGUGGUAGAUUUCUUCUAUGAUAGCCCAAAUAGAACCGGGGUCAUCAGAGAGUACGCUAUCAAACUUUUCUACACCAAACCGUCUUCAGAUAAAACUUUCUUCAAAGUUACCAUCCAUGACCAGGAGUUGUUCCGCAGACUGGAAAAAUACGACCUUGAUCGAGCUGCUGCUUUUCACAUUUUAUCUCCCUUGGUUGUCAAAUCCAUGUGCUCCUUCGCCAUCCUCAUCUCACAUCCUCAUGGGCUGCCAAAGAAGAUCAGCAUUGGGCGAGUGUUGGAGAUAACGGAAGAGAACGUCACGGAAGAGACUAUGGAAAACGCCAGACUUGCCGGACAGCUGGAGAGGCAGUGGUUUAUAUCCCACCGUGAAGAGGAUUAUGGGAAAUACAUGGCCUGCCUCGGACAAAAGAACCUGCCUGUUUAUAAAGUCAUGUACGAUACGCCCACAUGUCAGGGCAGCUCGGGCGCCCCGGUUUUGUCUGGGGGCAGGGAGUGUAAUGGUCAGUGGGGCCCCUUCAUGGCCAACCACUCUGCUUAUGACAUGGAUUCCAAUCUGAACUUUAUGAAAGUUGUGAUGUUUGCCUAG